AAGAUGCUGUUUUUCAGUUUCUUCAAGACACUCGUCAACACUGAGGUCACGGUAGAACUCAAGAAUGACAUCUCGAUCCGUGGAACGCUGAAGAGCGUCGACCAAUACCUGAACAUCAAGCUCGACGACAUUACCGUUCUGGACGAUCUCAAGUACCCCCACAUGAGCUCGGUCAAGAAUGUCUUCAUCAGAGGAAGUGUUGUGAGAUACGUCCACCUGCCCGCCGCAUCUGUAGACACUCCCUUGUUGGAGGAUGCCACCAGAAGAGAAGCCGCCCAGGCAUCUGCAAAGGCCAGACAAGGAUAAGCCGACUCAGCACUCUGUCCAAGGCCCUCGAGAUACCCCAUAACGUCAGCAUCGGAGCAACAAACAUGCUCUGAACAUACGAAUAUCUGCUUUCAGAUCAAGGCUAUGCAGUUCCAGACAGCAAGCGGCCUGGAAAGCCUUAGAUGAUCAUGCC